AUGACACUCACCCAAGCCACGCCCGCCGCCCCGGCCAAGCUCACAGCCCCAGCCAAGGCCCAGCUCGCCGCCCUCGUCGACGGCAUCCCGGCCACUGGAUACCCCGGCACGACGGUCGGCGUCGUCAACUCUGCCGGCGAGGUGCAGUUCCUCGGUGCUGCUGGGCCUCGCGACGUCGAGACGGGCGAGUCGGCCCAGGUCGACACUGUCUACUGGGUCGCAUCCGUCACCAAGCUCGUCACCUCCAUCGCGGCGUUGCAGCUCGUCGAAGCGGGCAAAGUUGGCCUCGACGAGCCGCUCAGCGAGAUCGCGCCAGAGCUCGCGGCGCGCGACCUGCUGGUCAAGACUACCGAGACGGACUUUGAGCUCACGAACGCGUCGACACCGAUCACCCUCCGCCACCUCCUCACCCACACCGCGGGCUUCGCGUACGGCUUCUUCAACAAGGACCUCGACAACUGGAUCAAGCAGACCGGCGCGCCGGCCGUCACGCCGCUCAAGGCUCCCCUCGUCCACGAACCCGGCACCAAGUUCGAGUACGGCAUCAACAUUGACUGGGCGGGCAUCGUCGUCGAGCGCCUCUCGGGCAAGAAGCUCGGCGAGUACUUCAGCGACCACAUCUUCGCCCCGCUGGGCAUCAAGGACGCGACGUUCGACCUCUCCUCGCGCCCCGACCUCGCCGCUCGCCUCGCGACGCUGCACGCCAAAACGCCAGAGGGGUACGUCAAGAUCGCCUACCCGGACGAGAUUGCCAAGCCGGCGUUCGACAGCGGCGGCGCAGGGCUGUACAUCACAGCGGGGGAGUACCUCAAGCUCCUGGCGGCGCUGCUCAACGGCGGCGAGUCCAAGGCGACGGGCGAGCGGAUCCUCAAGCCCGACACGCUGGCCGAAGCGCUCCGCCCGCAGACGGACAAGCUGCCCGCCAACGGGCUGGGCUGGCUCGCGAAGGACGGUGCGAUACGCAGCACUAACCCGGGGCUGAGUAACGACAUCCCCCUCCUCCCCGGCGUCGCCAAGGCGUGGUCCCUCGGCGGCCUCGUCAACGUCGACAAGCUCGACAACGGCAGGUCGGCGGGCGCGACGGAAUGGGUAUGUUGGGGCCGCAAGCAAGCCGCUGACCCGCAGUACGGUAUCGCCAACCUCUUCUGGGCGCUGGACCCCACUGCGGGCGUCGCGGCCGUCGCGUUCAGCGAGGUGCUGCCUCUUGGCCGUGAGUACGCUGACGGACUGGGUCAGAGGGCGUCUGCUGACGACGUGGCGCCAGUGCCCGGCUUCUUCGACACCGUUACCAAGCUGCAGGACAUCAUCUUCGCGCCUGGGGCAUUGUCCGCCGAGUAG